GAAAGCUGCAACCCCGCGGCGCCUGACCCGAGCUGGCUGGGGAUGAGCUCUGCGCUCAGGGACCCGCUGGCCCCAGGGCCGGAAGGAGAUGUGUAGGCUGCGACCCCCCCAGAGCAGGCUCGCUCCCGCGGCAGCCUGCUGGAGCCACCCUGGCCGCGGACCCGCCGGGACGCCCCUGCUCGCGGCGCCCCUCCCCGGGCCGUGGCGCGUCCCCCGAGUCUCGCAGUAUUUUCUUCCUGCACCUUUAAGAAGACCGUUGCUCCGUGGUGGGAUGGUGUGUUAAAGCCACACAGAGGAAGUUACGCAGCCCGGAUCAGACCGAGAGAUAAAAGCCCCGAUGGUGAUCGUGAGUGAUGGCAAGAGGAUUUAGCCUCGGCAUUAACUUGGAGCGGAGUGCAGGGGGGCAGUGAAACGCCCCGCCAUCUGGCCCGCGCCGCGCCGGGGGGAUGCCCCGGCGCCCCGACGAGAGGCUGCGAAGCCCACCCGGGCCGGGGGCUGCCUGGUGCCCGAGCGCGGGUCCUCUCCGAGCCGCCCAGGGGGCCCCAAAAGUUUGCACUUGUUAGCGGCGACCUCCCGCUCGGCCGGGGCGGGCGAUGCGGGCGGCGCGGGCGGCCCCCUCCCCCGGCCCGCGUCUCCGGGACGGCUGCGGGUGGCCCCCCCGGCGGCCGGAGGGCUCCCCAGCCCCGAUCUGACGGCCACGGCGGCGGCGGCCUCAGCGGCAGCGGGAGCGGCGCGGAAAAGGAGCACCGGCUCGCAGCCCUCCGGCCCUCGCCCCCACCCAGCGCCAGCCAGACGGGGGAGGCAGAGCGCCAGAGGGUGGCGGUCCUCGGCCUCCCGGGUCUCCGCUCCGGGAAGCUGCUCCGAGCUGGGGCCGGAGGGUUGUUUUGCAGUUGCGUUGGCACAUCACACAUUAAGGGCGCUUUAAAGACCUGGAUUGAUUGGAAGGACCAAAAUUAAAAGCAAUCUGAUCCGGCCUCAUGCCAGAUCCCUGCGGAUUUUCUCCCUAUCCCAUUUCCAUCCACUGUCACAAUUUGAGAGUCUGCCUGAUUUGAUCAGAUUCACCUCUGGGAGAGGUGUGAUGCCAAGGUUAGGAGGACGCAAAGUUGUGGGCAACUUUGUGAUCUGCCCAUCAGCAGUCUGAGAAACGCUGGCUCUGAGUUUUCCAUAUCGGCCUUUUGGAAAAAACAAGGUCCUCGCUCUUUGCAACCUGGCAGCGCUCGAGGCCCUGGGACAUCCGGCCUCCGUCGCCUGGUAGAUGUGGCAUUUCCAUGCUGAGGCUGCGAGUCCCGCCUGACCGAGUCACUGCCUCUCCAGGCCCUCUUCGGGCUGUGCCCCUGUGGACUGCGCCGCCAUGCUGCACCUGCUGGCUCUUUUCCUGCACUGCCUCCCACUGGCCUCUGGGGACUACGACAUCUGCAAGUCCUGGGUGACCACGGAUGAAGGCCCCACCUGGGAGUUCUAUGCCUGCCAGCCCAAGGUGAUGCGCCUGAAGGACUACGUCAAGGUGAAGGUGGAGCCCUCCGGCAUCACAUGCGGGGACCCCCCUGAGAGAUUCUGCUCCCACGAGAACCCCUACCUGUGCAGCAACGAGUGUGACGCCUCCAACCCGGACCUGGCCCACCCACCCCGGCUCAUGUUUGACAAGGAGGAUGAGGGACUGGCCACCUACUGGCAGAGCGUCACGUGGAGCCGCUACCCCAGCCCGCUGGAAGCCAACAUCACCCUGUCGUGGAACAAGAGCGUGGAGCUAACGGAUGACGUGGUGGUGACCUUCGAGUACGGCCGGCCGACCGUCAUGGUCCUGGAGAAGUCGCUGGACAACGGGCGCACGUGGCAGCCCUACCAGUUCUUCGCGGAGGACUGCAUGGAGGCCUUCGGCAUGCCCGCGCGCCGGGCCCGCGACCUGUCGGCGUCCGGCGCGCACCGGGUGCUGUGCACCGAGGAGUACUCCCGCUGGGCCGGCUCCAAGAAGGAGAAGCACGUGCGCUUCGAGGUGCGGGACCGCUUUGCCAUCUUCGCGGGCCCCGACCUGCGCAACAUGGACAACCUGUACACGCGGCUGGAGAGCGCCAAGGGCCUCAAGGAGUUCUUCACCCUCACCGACCUGCGCAUGCGGCUGCUGCGCCCGGCGCUGGGGGGCACCUACGUGCAGCGCGAGAACCUCUACAAGUACUUCUACGCCAUCUCCAACAUCGAGGUCAUGGGCAGGUGCAAGUGCAACCUCCACGCCAACCUGUGCUCCGUGCACGAGGGCAGCCUGCAGUGCGAGUGCGAACACAACACCACGGGCCCCGACUGCGGCAAGUGCAAGAGGAGCUUCCGCACACGCUCCUGGCGGGCCGGCUCCUACCUGCCGCUGCCCCACGGCUCUCCCAACGCGUGUGCCGCUGCGGGCUCCGCCGUUGGCAGCAACAGCAGGUCCCGGAAAGACCCCGUCCCCCAAGCCCCUGUGGCCCCUGUGGCCACAAGAGGGGACCCCACCACUCCUGCCCCCUCCACGUCCACUGCUGGGGCCCCCCUGGCCCCCAGCACCCCACAGCCCACAGCCGUGGGCACCUCUGCUGCUGCCCCUGCCCUUGCCAAGGUCUCCAAACUCUUCCAGCUCAGGCCUAAAUCUCCUCAAGUGAUGCCUAUUGAAGAAUUCCAAGACUGCGAGUGCUACGGCCACUCCAACCGCUGCAGCUACAUCGACUUCCUCAACGUGGUGACCUGUGUCAGCUGCAAGCACAACACGCGGGGCCAGCACUGCCAGCACUGCCGUCUGGGCUACUACCGCAACGGCUCCGCCGAGCUGGACGAUGAGAACGUGUGCAUCGAGUGUAACUGCAACCAGAUCGGCUCCUUGCAUGACCGGUGCAACGAGACAGGCUUCUGCGAGUGCCGCGAGGGCGCGGCGGGGCCCAAGUGUGACGACUGCCUCCCCACGCACUACUGGCGCCAGGGCUGCUACCCCAACGUGUGCGACGACGACCAGCUGCUCUGCCAGAACGGCGGCACCUGCGUGCAGAACCAGCGCUGCGCCUGCCCGCGCGGCUACACCGGCGCGCGCUGCGAGCAGCCCCGCUGCGACCCCGCGGACGACGACGGCGGCCUGGACUGCGACCGCUCGCCGGGGGCCGCGCCGCGCCCCGCCACCCUGCUCGGCUGCCUGCUGUUGCUGGGGCUGGCCGCCCGCCUGGACUGCUGAG